AUGGAGUCCGCUAACGUGUCGUCGAGUCUGUUUGGCAACGUGUCCACCGCGCUGCGGCCGGAGGCGCGGCUCUCCGCCGAAACGCGACUGCUGGGCUGGAAUGUGCCGCCGGAGGAGCUGCGUCACAUCCCCGAGCACUGGCUAACUUAUCCGGAGCCGCCCGAGUCGAUGAACUACCUGCUGGGCACGCUGUACAUCUUCUUCACCCUGAUGUCGAUGCUGGGCAAUGGACUGGUGAUCUGGGUCUUCUCGGCAGCCAAAUCGCUGCGCACUCCCUCCAAUAUACUGGUCAUCAAUCUGGCCUUCUGCGACUUCAUGAUGAUGGUCAAGACUCCAAUAUUCAUCUACAAUAGUUUCCACCAGGGAUACGCACUGGGUCAUCUGGGAUGCCAGAUCUUUGGGAUCAUUGGCUCCUAUACGGGAAUCGCUGCCGGUGCCACGAAUGCGUUUAUAGCCUACGAUCGAUUCAAUGUGAUCACGCGACCCAUGGAGGGCAAGAUGACGCAUGGCAAGGCCAUUGCCAUGAUCAUAUUCAUCUACAUGUACGCCACUCCUUGGGUGGUAGCCUGCUACACGGAGACUUGGGGUCGUUUUGUGCCGGAGGGCUAUCUGACCUCCUGCACCUUCGACUAUCUAACCGACAACUUUGAUACGCGCCUCUUUGUGGGCUGCAUCUUCUUCUUCAGCUUCGUGUGCCCCACCACGAUGAUCACGUACUACUACUCCCAGAUUGUGGGCCAUGUCUUCAGCCACGAAAAGGCACUGAGAGAUCAGGCUAAGAAGAUGAACGUGGAGUCUCUGCGCUCGAAUGUGGACAAAAGCAAGGAGACGGCGGAAAUCCGGAUAGCCAAAGCGGCCAUCACCAUCUGCUUCCUGUUCUUUUGCUCGUGGACGCCGUACGGAGUUAUGUCGCUGAUUGGCGCCUUUGGGGAUAAGACCCUUUUGACGCCCGGAGCCACAAUGAUUCCCGCCUGUGCCUGCAAAAUGGUGGCCUGCAUCGAUCCGUUCGUGUACGCCAUAAGUCACCCCAGAUACCGCAUGGAGCUGCAAAAGCGAUGUCCCUGGCUGGCGCUCAACGAAAAGGCGCCGGAAUCGUCGGCUGUCGCCUCCACCAGCACCACCCAGGAACCGCAGCAAACCACCGCCGCCUAA